AAAACCAUUUAGUGCAGACAACAAGCAGAGAAUUAGAAACGGAGCCACCUGAAAAUACAUGUCCAGUUAUUCACAUACAGGAUUUAAAAAGCACUAUGUGUAAUGAAACUGAGGUCCUCAAAAUGCAAAACAUAUCUGGAGAAAUGGUAGAAACUGCAAUGAAAAAGAAGGAACCUGCAGUGGAGAAACAGAAGAAUGAUGAACACAUAUCUUUAGAAGAUCCUCUCCAUUCUCCUCCUGACCCAAAAUUAGGAGAGUUGAAAGCAUCAAAAUGUGCUGAACUUUUUACUGAUACAACAGAUACUGAUCACAUCUUGACAUCUGUUGAGCAAGCAGAAGUAGCAGAUGAUGAUCAACUUACUGAACCAAAAGAAUUCCUUGGCCAUGGGCCCAGCACUCCUUUUCAAGAGUACGCAAAUAUACAGAUCAAUGCAGCUGGUCACAGAAGAAAAAUGGGCUCGCUUCGGACUUUUGAAGGAAAAAGAGGCGUGGAAGAUGAAGAUGGUGACGUUUGUCAAGAAGAGAAAAAUAUGCCUCUUGCAGAUAUAUAUGACUUAUCAAGCACAACAAAUGAAUUCCGUAAAGAUGACAAAAAUGAGGUAAAAGAAGAAAUAAAAGCUGGGUCCACAGAAUAUUCCACCAGAGAGGACUUUAGCCUGGUAUGUUCAAAGCAAUAUAUGCAUUCUGAAUUAUUCUCUCAAACUAAUGAACAAAAUGUAUCUACUAAAACACCACCAUCAACAGUGCUAGAAAAUUCAGACUCCACGGAAGAUGACAGGAAUAGAAAAGAGAAUACUGAAGUAAGAAACACAGAACUAUGUGCAAAAAUCCAAACAAAGAAAAAGAAGAGGUUUGGAUCAACUCGGAGGCUUCAAGGUGAACACCAGCAAGGUAGAGAAAGAAAAGAAAGGCAGUGGCAAAAGGUGGAAGAUACAGAAGGAACAGAACAUGACAGGGAAGAGAGAUGUUCUGAAGAAAUCACAAAUCUAGAGCCUACUCACCACUUAUUCACAGAACCACACAGUGUUGAGAGAAAGGUGUCACUUGACCAAUCUUUGACAACUGAGCGAGAAGAAGGGGAAUUAAAAGAUGUAACAGGAGAGUGUGGAAAGAUCGAUACACCACCUGUUCACUUGCUAGAUGUUGUUCAUCAAAGUGAGCCAGUUGUCUUUGAUGGUGCCAGCCAAGCAAAAGCACCAUUGGAAAGUACAAAGCAUGGAGAGUCAGUGAUAGACGAUGAGCAGGAUUAUGAGUUCACAUCUUCAAAUGAGCAGAAAAUGGCACCAGUCAUCAGAGAUAUUCAGAAUGAUUUUACAGAUCAUGCUUCUCCCCAGGAAGCUUCCAUGACAGUUGAAGAUUGUGAUUCAGAGUCUACUGAAAAUGGAAGCUCCAAACAAGUCGAUGGUUCUCCUAUAUGUGCAACAAUAGAGCACAUCUAUGAAAUACAGGACAGUGUAAUCAUGCCAGUGAAUAAAGAAAUAACUCUUGAAGUUUUGUCUGAUCAAGUAACACAGUUGCCAUGGGAUGAUAACUCGGAUGAAGACCAUUUAGUGCAGACAACAAGCAGAGAAUUAGAAACGGAGCCACCUGAAAAUACAUGUCCAGUUAUUCACAUACAGGAUUUAAAAAGCACUAUGUGUAAUGAAACUGAGGUCCUCAAAAUGCAAAACAUAUCUGGAGAAAUGGUAGAAACUGCAAUGAAAAAGAAGGAACCUGCAGUGGAGAAACAGAAGAAUGAUGAACACAUAUCUUUAGAAGAUCCUCUCCAUUCUCCUCCUGACCCAAAAUUAGGAGAGUUGAAAGCAUCAAAAUGUGCUGAACUUUUUACUGAUACAACAGAUACUGAUCACAUCUUGACAUCUGUUGAGCAAGCAGAAGUAGCAGAUGAUGAUCAACUUACUGAACCAAAAGAAUUCCUUGGCCAUGGGCCCAGCACUCCUUUUCAAGAGUACGCAAAUAUACAGAUCAAUGCAGCUGGUCACAGAAGAAAAAUGGGCUCGCUUCGGACUUUUGAAGGAAAAAGAGGCGUGGAAGAUGAAGAUGGCGACGUUUGUCAAGAAGAGAAAAAUAUGCCUCUUGCAGAUAUAUAUGACUUAUCAAGCACAACAAAUGAAUUCAGUAAAGAUGACAAAAAUGAGGUAAAAGAAGAAAUAAAAGCUGGGUCCACAGAAUAUUCCACCAGAGAGGACUUUAGCCUGGUAUGUUCAAAGCAAUAUAUGCAUUCUGAAUUAUUCUCUCAAACUAAUGAACAAAAUGUAUCUACUAAAACACCACCAUCAACAGUGCUAGAAAAUUCAGACUCCACGGAAGAUGACAGGAAUAGAAAAGAGAAUACUGAAGUAAGAAACACAGAACUAUGUGCAAAAAUCCAAACAAAGAAAAAGAAGAGGUUUGGAUCAACUCGGAGGCUUCAAGGUGAACACCAGCAAGGUAGAGAAAGAAAAGAAAGGCAGUGGCAAAAGGUGGAAGAUACAGAAGGAACAGAACAUGACAGGGAAGAGAGAUGUUCUGAAGAAAUCACAAAUCUAGAGCCUACUCACCACUUAUUCACAGAACCACACAGUGUUGAGAGAAAGGUGUCACUUGACCAAUCUUUGACAACUGAGCGAGAAGAAGGGGAAUUAAAAGAUGUAACAGGAGAGUGUGGAAAGAUCGAUACACCACCUGUUCACUUGCUAGAUGUUGUUCAUCAAAGUGAGCCAGUUGUCUUUGAUGGUGCCAGCCAAGCAAAAGCACCAUUGGAAAGUACAAAGCAUGGAGAGUCAGUGAUAGACGAUGAACAGGAUUAUGAGUUCACAUCUUCAAAUGAGCAGAAAAUGGCACCAGUCAUCAGAGAUAUUCAGAAUGAUUUUACAGAUCAUGCUUCUCCCCAGGAAGCUUCCAUGACAGUUGAAGAUUGUGAUUCAGAGUCUACUGAAAAUGGAAGCUCCAAACAAGUCGAUGGUUCUCCUAUAUGUGCAACAAUAGAGCACAUCUAUGAAAUACAGGACAGUGUAAUCAUGCCAGUGAAUAAAGAAAUAACUCUUGAAGUUUUGUCUGAUCAAGUAACACAGUUGCCAUGGGAUGAUAACUCGGAUGAACACCAUUUAGUGCAGACAACAAGCAGAGAAUUAGAAACGGAGCCACCUGAAAAUACAUGUCCAGUUAUUCACAUACAGGAUUUAAAAAGCACUAUGUGUAAUGAAACUGAGGUCCUCAAAAUGCAAAACAUAUCUGGAGAAAUGGUAGAAACUGCAAUGAAAAAGAAGGAACCUGCAGUGGAGAAACAGAAGAAUGAUGAACACAUAUCUUUAGAAGAUCCUCUCCAUUCUCCUCCUGACCCAAAAUUAGGAGAGUUGAAAGCAUCAAAAUGUGCUGAACUUUUUACUGAUACAACAGAUACUGAUCACAUCUUGACAUCUGUUGAGCAAGCAGAAGUAGCAGAUGAUGAUCAACUUACUGAACUAAAAGAAUUCCUUGGCCAUGUGCCCAGCACUCCUUUUCAAGAGUACGCAAAUAUACAGAUCAAUGCAGCUGGUCACAGAAGAAAAAUGGGCUCGCUUCGGACUUUUGAAGGAAAAAGAGGCGUGGAAGAUGAAGAUGGUGACGUUUGUCAAGAAGAGAAAAAUAUGCCUCUUGCAGAUAUAUAUGACUUAUCAAGCACAACAAAUGAAUUCCGUAAAGAUGACAAAAAUGAGGUAAAAGAAGAAAUAAAAGCUGGGUCCACAGAAUAUUCCACCAGAGAGGACUUUAGCCUGGUAUGUUCAAAGCAAUAUAUGCAUUCUGAAUUAUUCUCUCAAACUAAUGAACAAAAUGUAUCUACUAAAACACCACCAUCAACAGUGCUAGAAAAUUCAGACUCCACGGAAGAUGACAGGAAUAGAAAAGAGAAUACUGAAGUAAGAAACACAGAACUAUGUGCAAAAAUCCAAACAAAGAAAAAGAAGAGGUUUGGAUCAACUCGGAGGCUUCAAGGUGAACACCAGCAAGGUAGAGAAAGAAAAGAAAGGCAGUGGCAAAAGGUGGAAGAUACAGAAGGAACAGAACAUGACAGGGAAGAGAGAUGUUCUGAAGAAAUCACAAAUCUAGAGCCUACUCACCACUUAUUCACAGAACCACACAGUGUUGAGAGAAAGGUGUCACUUGACCAAUCUUUGACAACUGAGCGAGAAGAAGGGGAAUUAAAAGAUGUAACAGGAGAGUGUGGAAAGAUCGAUACACCACCUGUUCACUUGCUAGAUGUUGUUCAUCAAAGUGAGCCAGUUGUCUUUGAUGGUGCCAGCCAAGCAAAAGCACCAUUGGAAAGUACAAAGCAUGGAGAGUCAGUGAUAGACGAUGAGCAGGAUUAUGAGUUCACAUCUUCAAAUGAGCAGAAAAUGGCACCAGUCAUCAGAGAUAUUCAGAAUGAUUUUACAGAUCAUGCUUCUCCCCAGGAAGCUUCCAUGACAGUUGAAGAUUGUGAUUCAGAGUCUACUGAAAAUGGAAGCUCCAAACAAGUCGAUGGUUCUCCUAUAUGUGCAACAAUAGAGCACAUCUAUGAAAUACAGGACAGUGUAAUCAUGCCAGUGAAUAAAGAAAUAACUCUUGAAGUUUUGUCUGAUCAAGUAACACAGUUGCCAUGGGAUGAUAACUCGGAUGAAGACCAUUUAGUGCAGACAACAAGCAGAGAAUUAGAAACGGAGCCACCUGAAAAUACAUGUCCAGUUAUUCACAUACAGGAUUUAAAAAGCACUAUGUGUAAUGAAACUGAGGUCCUCAAAAUGCAAAACAUAUCUGGAGAAAUGGUAGAAACUGCAAUGAAAAAGAAGGAACCUGCAGUGGAGAAACAGAAGAAUGAUGAACACAUAUCUUUAGAAGAUCCUCUCCAUUCUCCUCCUGACCCAAAAUUAGGAGAGUUGAAAGCAUCAAAAUGUGCUGAACUUUUUACUGAUACAACAGAUACUGAUCACAUCUUGACAUCUGUUGAGCAAGCAGAAGUAGCAGAUGAUGAUCAACUUACUGAACCAAAAGAAUUCCUUGGCCAUGGGCCCAGCACUCCUUUUCAAGAGUACGCAAAUAUACAGAUCAAUGCAGCUGGUCACAGAAGAAAAAUGGGCUCGCUUCGGACUUUUGAAGGAAAAAGAGGCGUGGAAGAUGAAGAUGGUGACGUUUGUCAAGAAGAGAAAAAUAUGCCUCUUGCAGAUAUAUAUGACUUAUCAAGCACAACAAAUGAAUUCAGUAAAGAUGACAAAAAUGAGGUAAAAGAAGAAAUAAAAGCUGGGUCCACAGAAUAUUCCACCAGAGAGGACUUUAGCCUGGUAUGUUCAAAGCAAUAUAUGCAUUCUGAAUUAUUCUCUCAAACUAAUGAACAAAAUGUAUCUACUAAAACACCACCAUCAACAGUGCUAGAAAAUUCAGACUCCACGGAAGAUGACAGGAAUAGAAAAGAGAAUACUGAAGUAAGAAACACAGAACUAUGUGCAAAAAUCCAAACAAAGAAAAAGAAGAGGUUUGGAUCAACUCGGAGGCUUCAAGGUGAACACCAGCAAGGUAGAGAAAGAAAAGAAAGGCAGUGGCAAAAGGUGGAAGAUACAGAAGGAACAGAACAUGACAGGGAAGAGAGAUGUUCUGAAGAAAUCACAAAUCUAGAGCCUACUCACCACUUAUUCACAGAACCACACAGUGUUGAGAGAAAGGUGUCACUUGACCAAUCUUUGACAACUGAGCGAGAAGAAGGGGAAUUAAAAGAUGUAACAGGAGAGUGUGGAAAGAUCGAUACACCACCUGUUCACUUGCUAGAUGUUGUUCAUCAAAGUGAGCCAGUUGUCUUUGAUGGUGUCAGCCAAGCAAAAGCACCAUUGGAAAGUACAAAGCAUGGAGAGUCAGUGAUAGAUGAUGAGCAGGAUUAUGAGUUCACAUCUUCAAAUGAGCAGAAAAUGGCACCAGUCAUCAGAGAUAUUCAGAAUGAUUUUACAGAUCAUGCUUCUCCCCAGGAAGCUUCCAUGACAGUUGAAGAUUGUGAUUCAGAGUCUACUGAAAAUGGAAGCUCCAAACAAGUUGAUGGUUCUCCUUCAUGCACAACAAUUGAGCACAAUGAUCAAGUAAGACAGUUGCAUUGGGAUGAUAACUUGGUGGAAGACCAUUUAGAGCACACAACCAGCAGAGAAUUAGGAACAGAGCCACUUGAUAGCAUAUACCCAGAGAUUCACAUAAAGUUUUCAAUCAGCACUCAGGAUAAAGUGAUUUCAGAGAAAAGUAACUCUGAGAAAAGGAGGAAGAUGGGGUCAACACGAAGGAGUCUUCGAGGGCAACUUCCUGAAAGUGACCAGACAUGCACUAUUCAAGGGAUAAAAGAAGAGGAAAACAUUAAGCAACAAAAAAUAGAUCAAUGCACACCAGUGACUGGGAAAGAUAAUUUACAGGUUAUAACAAGUGUCUUUAUUCCUACAUCUUCAUCUGAAUCAUCUUCUCAAUCCAGAGAUCACCACUCAAAUCCCUCAAAUCAGGUAAUUGAAAAAAUAGAUAAGAAGAAAAGAAAGAUGGGUUCAACUCGCAAGAAUCUCCCGGGAGUAGAGAACAAGAAGCCAAUAAUGGAAAGAAUGAAAGAUAUAAAUCCAAAAGAUGAUGAAGACAUUGCCAGAGAAGAGGCAAAAUCAGCAAUAAAUUAUGGUAUAGUCAAUACAGUGUCAGGACUUCAUGACGCAGCUUGUGGAUGUAGUGAGGUUGAUGCAACAGAACAAGAUAAUCAUCCACAACUUUGUGAAAAACCUAAUCAAUUAGAAGGCUCCCUUCUCAGUGAGAUAGAGUAUGAACUAAAAAAGGGUAGCUCAUUAAAUUCUCUAUUGGAAACAUAUGAUAAUCAACAAAACAUAUUUGGAAACUCUGAUCCAGUGGCUGAGCAGAGUCAGAGCACUCUUCAGAUACCAGCGUCUCUCAAAAUUCUCUCUCAAGCUUACACUGAACCUGCCUCCCCUGGAAGAAAGAGAAAAAUGGGAUCAACACGCAAAACUUCUAGAAACAAGCAUAUAGAAGAAACUGGGGAUAAGAAGAGAGAGACUGAACAGGACAUUGUCACCCCAAAAAUCUCAGAAGACACGAAGGAAUCUGCAAAAGAUGUCCUUGUGCCCACUGAUGAUUUAACAGUUUGUAAGCCAUGUUUAAUCUCAGAACCAGGGAGUUUACCCAACUCUCAUGCAGUCUCUGACCCCAGUAGAAUGGAAACAAGCCCAAGUAAUGAACAAGGUAUAAAACCUUUUGUGAAAGAGGUAGAUGUAUCUACAGAAGAUGGCCUGGUUUCCUUGGAUGACAUCAGAAAGUUUGCACUCUAUGAUGGAAGCAGUGGGAAAAGAGUGAAGAUAGAUUUUGAGGAAUGGAAUAAACAAGUCCCAGAUUUUGGAGUUGCUGUGUAUAAUGUGGUGAUAGUUGGGAACUGCAACGUGGGGAAGACAUCCUUCAUAAAACGCUUUCAAAGUGGACACUUUAGCCCAGAGUUCUAUUCUACCGUUGGUGUUGACACCUUUGUCCAGACCAUUACACUGGGUAACAGAACAAUUAAGAUGAGUGUAUGGGACACUGCAGGUCAGGAGAGGUAUCACAGCAUUACAACACAGUUGUUUCACAAGGCCCAGGGCCUUUUGCUGAUGUAUGACAUCACAUGCUCCCAGAGUUUCAUUGCUGUUCGUGACUGGAUCUCCCAGAUUCAGGAAAGGGCCCCUGCUGAUGUAAUCAUUAUGUUACUUGGCAACAAGAAGGACUGCGCUGACCGCAAAGUGCAGCUCAGGGAAGGGGAGGAUCUGUCAAGGGAAUAUAAGAUUAAUUUUAUGGAGUGCAGUGCUGCAACUGGUGAGAACGUGUCAGAAUCUAUGAAGGCUCUGGCUUGGCUAUUGGUGAAACAAAGAGUAAGGAAAGAGGAAGAACAAACAAUAUUACAGCAAAAGCAACCACAGAAGAAGUCAGGUUGCUGUUGAAAACACACCUGCCUUAUAUAAACAAAAAUAUACACAUUUUUCCACAUAUUUUAUGAAACUUGUGUGUACAAAAACACAUUUAUGAAUUAUAUGUUGAACUUUAUCUUACAUUUUAAACUGGCUGAACUGAAAUUAUCUGAACAAAUGGAAUUGAUGCCACCUCUAGUGGGAUACACACAAUAUAAAUUAAUGUGUAUAAUUACACACAGUGAGUCUCUCUCAAUGCUUUGGGCCCCAAGCACAGAGGACGAUUAGAAUUAAUAUGCUGAGAAAGAGUACAAAUACAAUGAAGAAAACCUCUGCUGCCCAUUGGCUGUGUUGUACUCCUGUAAUCACUAGAGGGCGGUCAGAGGAAAUUAGAUUGGUCAGGUUAAGCAUAUAGCCCAGGGUCCAACCAAUGUCAUUGUCUUCCGCCUGUAAUGUAAAAAUUACCAGUACUGAAAAAAUCAAAUUUACUUCAUUGAUCAAGGAGGCAAAUGCUAGAAUGAGAAUUUCUCUAUAUUUCUUUUAAUGUAUUGACAGAAUAAUUUUUGGGAAAUUAUUUUUUUACGGAAUAAAUACAUUUUUCAAAGAUUUUAAGUAAUUUGCUACUGAACAAAUUAACUUUUUAUAUUGUACUCAGUCUAUAGUUUGCUUUUUCAUCUAUCCUUUGAAAACUGUUUAGAUGUAUACUUUUUUAUAAUGGUGAAUGCUUAUGGUUAAUACUUUAUAGUGAGGAUAACUGUGUAGGUUCAAUUGCACCCACCUUCAAGUUUUUAUUUAAUUGUGUUGUGUAAGUAUAUAUAUGUCUAAAAAUAAUAAUAAAACAUAAGGUUUUGUCUCUGUAACUUUCACAGUAAAUUGCAUAUCUUUAGAUAUAGUAGCAUUUUGUGCAUGGCAUUAAAAUAAUAAAAACCUACAAACUCUAUCAGCACUAAAACACUUAUUACACAUAUACUGUUAAAGUCCAUUUAUGUUGGUGAGCAUGC